GCGGGAAUCGCGGUUAUAGCUUUCCUAUUUCUAAAGACUAAAGAGGUAUCGGCAGACCUGCUCGAACCGAAAUGCGUAAGGAGCGGCGUAGGUCCGAGAAUCGAAGGAGGUGAAAGAGCACAAAUGUUCUCUAGUCCUUGGAUGGUGCUGGUACGCAGUCGCUUAUUUUGUGGCGGCACGCUCAUUACCUCACGUUUUGUUUUGACGGCAGCGCAUUGCAUAACCAAUGAUUAUACGACGGUGCGCUUAGGCGAAUAUGCCCUUAAUAACACUGGGUUAUAUUGUAUUAAUAAUGAAUGCAUACCAAAAGCCAAUGAAAUUGAAGUUGACUGGAAAAUUGUUCACGCAGGGUACAAUGCUGAAAACGUAAUAAAUGAUAUAGCCCUACUGCGAAUGGGCAGAGAGGUGCAAUUCACAUUAUUUGUCAAGCCAAUCUGCCUCCUCGUUAAUGAGCACAUGGAAACCGUUUCACAAUUUAACAUCACCGGCUGGGGUCAAACAGAAAACGCUAAAUUCAGCCAUAUUCUUAAGACCGCCGUUGUACAUAACGUCGAUCUUUGGUUUUGCAGCACAAAGUAUAAUUCGUCGAUUUAUCAAUCCCAAAUAUGUGCCGGUAGUGACACCAGUGACGCUUGUAUCGGAGACUCUGGAGGUCCAUUAAGCGCAGACAUAAAUUACAAUGGAUUAGUUAUUCCCCUCCAGUUUGGUAUUGUCAGCUAUGGAUCUGAUAACUGCAACAGCUUUUCUGUUUACACAAAAGUAUCAAAUUACAUGGACUGGAUCGUGGAUGCUAUACAACACUAUGGUGUUAUUUAAAGUCAGAAGUAACGUUUAAAGCUUUUAAAUAUUUCGAGGAGUAAACCAUUUUGGUUUGAAAAGUAAAUAAAAAUGUUUUCAAAAUGUAUUCCUAAUU